AUGGAACAUUUUCUGGCAGCCUCUGAACAACAAAAUCCCAGAAAACGGCCGCAAAACAGUCGAGAAUUAGCAUGUUUUUUACUGGAGAAAUGCCAUAAACUACUCUCGGAGAUCUCGUCGUUUCAGUCAUACCUUGUGACUCUAGGGAAGCCGAACCUGGUCGAGUUACGACAAUUCAAAUCUAUCGUUCAGUCGGAGCUGAAAUCACUACAGAGAUUGGCAGCGAGGGCUGAAGAAGCAGCUGCCGAAGAUGCCGAGGAGAAUGCCACAACAACACAACCGGAGAUAGCGGAGGUUGGAAUACACAAUAUAAGUAGAGGCCUUGAGGAGGACAACGAUAGUAUCGAAGAAAGCCUGGGCCAAGCCGAAUUGAAGGUGGUACACUCGUUACGUUCGUCGAAUUUUUCAUUCUAUGCGAAUGUGUGGAGAAUCGCAAAGACGACUUGCACCGGGCUCAUAUCUUUCAAUAAGAAGUUCUAUUUUGAUAAACCUGAGAGGAAACAUGAUUUAGAAGAGAGUUAUGAAGAUCUUGCAGCGGGCGUUGACGAACUGAACAUGACAGUUAACUCCAAACCAGGAACGGAGAACGCCACCCCAAAAAUGCGCAAGCGAGGCGUCUUGAUUGAUAUUGUAGCUGAUAAUGGCGAGGAAUGGGUCAAAAUAUCAACAGUCACUCGAAAUAGGCUGCUUUUUGACCUUGCAAAACAGGGAUGGGAGGUCGGUUUAGAUUCCGAUUCGGAAGAUGAUGAUGGUGAUGCUGGGAGUAAAAACAGAACUGCUCCUGACAUAAACGCUUACGAUAGCGAAGAUGAAGAAGAUAUGAUUGAAUUGGUAAAGCUGGCUGUUGACAUGAAGAAAGCUGCGGCAGAGGUGCGUGUCAGGUAUAAACACCCACGUCUCAGACUGGUCCUUCCCAAGAUUGUGGAAGGACAAGUUGCCGAAGUUGAUAAGAUUAUUCGUAAAGUCCGUAGGGUUGGCAUUACUGUUGAAUGUGCUACGGCUGGAGCGCCUAGCCUCGAUUUUGUGGUAAAUAGCGAUGCCCCCGAUGGCAAUACUGCUAAUGACCCAGCCAUUAUAUUCUCGUCCCUCCUCCCAAGCCCUUUCCCGCAUAUGACAUCAACAUUGAAUGUCGACUGCACCUUACUGCUGGCAUUUGUGUCUGACCUAUCUCACGCACGAGGCCUUAAGUGUCUGCCAGCCUACCACCCAGCAAUAAAUCGACAAAUCGAAAUUGAGGCAGAGAAACCGUUACUCCUUUCAGAACUAUGGCCCGCCACAGGGGACAGAGAUCUGGUGUGCACAACGAGAGCAGCUAGGAGAAUGAGGGAGAUUGUGGACACAAUAGGAACGCCGAAAGAAAAGGAACGGACCAGGCUCUUGAUGGGGGAGGCCGAUGAUGUGUCAGGCAGGGAGAGCCUUAUAUCUAAAUUUCAAGAACUGUCCGAUUAUACAGUGCCUCUAGACUGGAAGCUGCCAAUUAAGGUGGUGGAUGCCCAGGGGUGUAUAGACCGUGGCUGGAAAGAUGGUUCCCUUCCAUUUAUUGCUCGCAACAUUGCACAAAGACUGAGUGACAUCAACCGAAGCGUGUUCCUUUAUGGAUGGGCGACUGGUUUGACAACAAUAUCAAGCAACCGAACCGUUGCAAAACAGAUAGAGACAUGGAUAGAAGAGCAACGCGGCGAUGAUGAUGAGCUUUGCGGUCCGAUGGUGUGGGUAUGUGAUACUGCCCGCAGUUUGAUUGGCAAAGAUACCAGCAGAGCCAAAUAG